AAUAAGAAACAACAUGGCGAGAAUCAUUGGUGCUGUAUUUUUUGCUGUGACUUUCGCAUAUCUGUUAGAUACGUCUGUUUGUUUAUUCGAGGAUCAAGCAGGAUUGUUUGACUGGAAACAAGACUAUGUUGGAAAAAUCAAGGAAUUUUAUUGGGACCAGUCACAAUCAGGAAAUGGAAAAAAAAUUUUAAUAGCCUCUGAAAAAAAUGUUAUAGCUUCCUUAAAUGCACAUGAUGGAAGCAUAGUUUGGAGAAGAAUAUUUGAACCAACAGUGCGUGGUAGAAUUGAUGCAUUUCUACAUCAUGAUAACUAUCUGGUGAGCAUCCAUGCAGGUGGGCAGUUUGUCAGGAAAUGGGAUGUGUUGUCAGGGUCCUUGUUGUGGGAGAAAAGCUUGUCUGAUGAUGUCAACAGCAGGGCCUCUGGUUUUUUUACUGUAAAGAAGCAAAAAGAUCUGUUGAUUGUUGCAACAUCUGGUGUUAUUUAUUGUUUAAAAUUGUCUGAUGGCUCAGAAGAAUGGAAAGCUGAUUUGCCCAACAGUGAUACAGUGAGCCGCUGGUAUGUCAAGGAGCGUGCUGAUGAUUACAUUGCUGUUGGGAUCUCACCAGGGCAGAAGGUUACAGUAACCUCCAUCGCAUUGGAUGGGGCUGUCAGCAAAUCAACAAAGAAUGUGCCAGCAGCCUGGAUUAGUAUUGACUCAAGCUGUGUAAUAAUGGAGGAGGCCACACACUUUGCAUGCUAUUCACCACAACUGUCUGUUUUACAGCUGCUAACUCUGGAAAAUGCCAAUGUUUUUAAGUCUUCUGAAUUGUUAGAUAUAAAAACAACUCCAGAGUCACGUAUAGAAUCACAAGUUCUUGGAUUAAGCUCGACUAUUUUGUUCAGAUCCACUCCUGAUCGCUUAGUGUUUUUGAAACUCAACUCUCAGGGCUCUUUUUCUGUGCACAAAGCUCUUGAAAAGACUUACAGUGCAGAGGUUGUAUCACAUGCUGACAAAAGUAUAUUGCUGACUCUUUCUCAGUCAGAUUCAGAGUCUUUGAAACUAAGUGCUUUUGAUCAGUCAUCUGAUACAGAGAUCACAGACUUGUCUCAAAAAAUUCCAUUUGCCCACUACCACGGUCAUCCUACAAAGAUGUAUCCAUUUUUGUUCUCAAAGAAGAAGGAUAAUAGUCAGCGUCCAGGCUGCAAGUUGAUAUUUUUGGCACAAGAUUAUUCCAUCCAUUUUGCUCAGAAAAGUAAAUCACAUUGGAGGAGGGAAGAAGCUCUUGCUUACAUACUUGGUGUACAAAUGGUUGAUCUGCCUGUGUCUGAGAAUCAGGCUAAAUUUGAGGAUGAAUUUGGGACCAAAGAAGAAGACAUAGUUGCAAUGUUUUUUAAGAGACUAAAGGCUCAAUUUUCACAGCUGAAAAAUGUUGCCCAUACUCUGAUGGAGCGUGCCUUAGGACAUCACCACCACCAUGCCAAAGCCAUUGAAUCCAUUGAAGAAGAGGAGCCUGAAGAGGAAGAUUUGAUUAGGGAUGAUUUCAAUCUUCAUAAAAUUAUCGUUGUGGCUACAGCAGCUGGAAAAAUAUACGGCAUCAGGAGUCAUACUGGUAAAAUAGCCUGGCAACAGUUAGUGCCCAAUCUAACACCCUUCAGCCGCUUUGGAAAUGAGAAGCUGAUUGUGGUGGUACAGAGGUCAACUGCUCAUUUCCCUCAUGAGCCACAGUGUACUGUGUUGGGUGUCAACCAAAUAACUGGCAAUGGACUUCUGGUUUCUUUUAACCCUGUGACUGGGUCUCUAAUUACUGGCCAUCAAAAGGGAGGUCAGGACACUGGCUAUAAAGUCCUGCAGGCAGAGAUGAUCUCUGACAUGGAUGAUGAGUUUCUCAAAGGAAUUUUUCUCAUUGAUGACACACUCAAGGCCCAUGUAUAUCCUACAACAAGUGAGUCUGCUAUCAGGAAAUCAUCCAUGCAAUACUUUUUCCAUCUUGUCAAUCCUGAAACUGGAAUAAUGACAGGUUACAGAAUAUUGUCAGAACAGCCAGAUCACCUGGACAUUGAAGAGAUUUGGAAUCUCGAUCUACAAAAGUCUCAACAGACAAUCACGGGUGUAUUUGGUAAAAGGGCCAUAGAGCAUGUCCACUCUCAGGGGCGUGUGUUGGGUGAUCGCAGUGUCCUGUACAAAUACUUGAACCCUAAUAUUGUGGCCCUGGUGGCAGAGGGUGAAGAACAACAGCAGUCAUCUGUCAGUAAAGGCCCAACACCAUUUUUUUCUGUUUACCUUAUUGACGGGGUCACUGGUCAUAUUGUUUAUCAUCAAACUCAUAAAAGAUCUAGAGGGCCUAUCAAGAUCAUUCAUUCAGAGAACUGGAUUGUGUAUUCAUAUUAUAAUGAGAAGCAUCGUCGAAGUGAAAUUGGUGUUUUAGAACUUUAUGAAGGAAAAGAACAAAGCAACUCCACUGCAUUUUCAUCUUUUUCACCGCCACCCCCUCCCCUUGUUUUACGCCAGUCCUACAUUUUCCCUGCCCCCAUCUACGCCAUGGAAGCCACAGUAACAGAGAAGGGAAUAGCUAGCAAGAACAUUAUGAUGUCUUUAAAAUCAGGAGGAAUCUUAUCCUUACCUAAAGCAUUCCUGGACCCUAGAAGGCCUGUGAUACCAACUCAAGACACUAUGGAAGAGGGAACCAUUCCAUAUGUACCAGAGAUACCUCUAGCCACUGAAGCACUGGUCAACUACAACCGGAGUGUGCUCAAUGUGAAUGGUGUGUUCACAUCUCCUGCAGGUCUUGAAUCUACUUCACUUGUUUUUGUCUAUGGGAUAGAUAUCUUCUACACCCGUGUCAUGCCAUCCAGAAUGUUUGAUGUUCUAAAGGAAGACUUUGAUUAUCUUUUCAUUGGUGGUGUCUUGGGGUUGAUGAUUUUAUUCUCAUUUAUAACACAGAAGUUGGCAGCGAGGAAAGCUUUGAAUCGAGCUUGGAAGUAACUUAGUGAACUGUUUAUCUGAAUCUGACUUACACUGUCAUGUUUUGUCUGAAAUUUAUUUAAAAGCAGAAUCUACGAAACAUGUUUACUUUUUGUACACAGUGUUAUUUUAGGUACAUCUAACACAACUGACAUUGUGAUUACUAGCCUAGUAUUAUUAUUGAAUUUUACUGUUGCGAAGCUACUAGUAGACCAUGUGAAAUGAAUAAUCAAAUAUUUUAAAAGUUCUGUUUUGAUCUUGGUUUGUGCACUUGGGAAAAAAUAAUAAACUGUAAAAUUUUAAUAUUUUGAUGUUAAUGUAUUGAAACCUGUUAUUAUUUUGCUGUUUAUUUUUAAUGAAAACUUUUUUUUUUAGAAAAAAAUAAUCAGAAUGGCUGUUUCACAUAUAAGCAUGAAUGGCUGUUGGGAUGUUUUAAACUGAAUAUUCAUUGAAGUAAUAUGUGGAUGGUGUGUUUUGGAGCCUGUCAUUUGGAAGAUGUCUGGUGCACAUUAGUUAUUGACAUAGAUUGGUGGUGAAUGAAUAACUCAGGUUUUAUAAGUCUCUGGCAUUAAAUCCUGUUCUACAGGGUUGUUUAGUUGCUAGCAUCUCAAUUGUCCCAUGUAUUUUUGUGAUACAAACCCUGCAACAGGGUUUCAUUUAUCAUGCGUAGAUGUUUUUUUUUCCAUUGCACCCUGGCUUGUUUGCCCAGGUUUCUGACAUUGCUCACUCAGUGUCUGGUUUAAUUUAUCACUUCAUGUUCAUCCAUUAUUUAUGUUAAAUAUUUCCUAUCAGAUAUUGUAUUUAUAUCAAGUUGUUAUAUUUGAUUUGCCCUUUGGGAUUAUACACCAGAAUUAAAAUGUGUACUUGUGUAGUUUUAGGUUAAAUCUAAAUGUGUUGUUUUGCCUUUGAUCAACAUCGUUUAAAAUUUUUAAAUACUGUAUUUUGAACAAAUGAAACAUUGCUGUAUGAACAGAUUGAUGAAGGUAAAUUAUGUUACAGCUUGUAGAAGUAAAUGACAUGGAAGAUUGCUGCAAGGUUUCUACAUAAAGAAAACAUUAGCCUCUUCCCAAACAUUUCUUAAGUUUAUAAUCAGUCCUCUGAGAUCUCAGAUAUUGUAUAGUCUUACUGAACUAACUUAAGUCCAGAUUCCCUAGAGUCUGAUUUGUGAUUUUGCCUUUCAAAUUUAUUUUUUUUUCUGCAUAUGGCCAGCAAAUUUCCUCUCCCUUUAUAUAUCAGGUUACUUGAACAUUUAAUAAAAUUCCGAAUUUUUACAUUUUAAAUAUUUAAAAAAAACUUUGCAUGUUUAAAUGGGUUUGGUUUAAAACUUUAUUUGCAGUUGCUUCUUUGUAAAUGGUGUUUGUAAUGUGAGUUUUGUUAGAAAUUCAACUGCUGUAUGCUUGAAAAAGUGGCUGUUGAUGUAUUAGUUGCAUGACCAUAGUUUAUGUACCCUGACAUAAAAUUUAGUUAUCAUCUUGAAACAAUUUUGAUUACUCAUUUUAGCUAUUGUGUAAUCUCUGGUGUGUGUAUAUAAUAUUGAUAGUAAAACAACCUUCUAACACUGCAGAUAUAGAAUACUUGAUUUUAUGUGAUGAUUCAUAUAUUAUGGGUAUGGGAAGUUGAAAUAUUAGUAUCAAGAGAUUGCAUGACCUUCUUACAAAAGUUCAAGUAUGCGAGUUUCUGAUUCAUAAAAUUAAAUUUACUUUUAAAAUUGUGGAAUCUUUUUUUUUUUUUUUAAAUAACUGAAUGUCUAAGGAAUAUAACACUGCCACUAUAAGGUUGAAACCUUACCUAGCAUUUAUAUACAUACAAGCAUUCCCAUUUGUUUCCGUAUGAUGUUAAGUUUUAGUGUUGUGAGCCUGUUCUUAAAACUUGUAUAAAUAGCAAUCAUGUGUUUGGAUAAUUUUUGUUGUUACCCUUUUGGAAAGUUUGGUAAUAAGAUGCACUAAGUGUUUUUAUAUUGAAUAGUUUGAAAUUAAAUACAGCCUUGAGAAU